UUUUUGAAGCAGCAGUCUCAUUCAGGAUGCCGGGGAUCGACAAACUGCUAAAGGGCGUCCUCAAAUACAGGAGCACAAUUAAGGAUGAAAUGACCCAAAAACUGAAAGAAGUUACGGUUAAUCCGCAGCCCACUGCUGUGGUCUUCUCCUGCAUGGACGCCCGCGUGCUUCCCACACGCUUCUGCCAGACAGAUGUAGGUGACGUGUAUUUGGUUCGCAAUGCGGGGAACCUCGUACCCCACAGUAAAGGCUUAGGCUGGCACAACGCUACCACGGAACCGGGGGCUCUGGUUCUGGGGUGCCAGAUGGGUGAUAUAAGGCACGUGGUGGUUUGUGGACACUCCGAUUGUAAGGCCAUGAAUCUCUUAUACUCCAUGAGGAAUGAGCUAGACCACCAUGAUGGAGAUGCCUUACAGCUUUGGCUGAGGCGACAUGGCUCUUCCUCUGUACAAAAGUUUGAACAAUGGGAGAAGAUGAAGGGGAGAGAACCCAUCACCUUCCAGGCAGAGACACCCAGGCACAACAUAGAGGCACUCAUAGAUCCCGAGAAUAAUUUUGGGAUUGUAGAUAAAUUUUCUCAGAUCAACACAUUAAACCAGCUACAGAACAUUGCCAGCUACCCAUUCUUGAAGGAGAAGCUUCAGACGGGAAAGGUCAGACUCCAUGCUCUGUGGUUUGAUAUACACUCUGGAAAUGUCUAUAUCUUCAGCAAAAUGGAGAAAAAAUUUGUGGAGAUUAAUGAAGAAAACUAUGGCAUGUUGAUGGAGGAUUCUGUUAAGGAUCCUAAAAUUAAACACUAUUAAUUACGCGGAUGUAUGGUUGUUGAGAUUGUUAGAUAAAUCCUUGUAAACUUUGAUUUAAAAAAAAAAAAAAAACACUUUUAGCUUCACACUGCACUGACAACUUAAUGAUGAAUAGAAAUAUAAGAUAUUUGUCAAGGUCAUAAUGUCACAUGCCUUUUCUUAAGAAAAGAAGAAUUAGCAGAAUAGAUUUAUUAUUCACUGAUUUAAUGAAAAAAAAAAUUAUUCGACUGAGGCAAAACUGCUAUUCCCAAAUUCUACUUAUUGUUCUAUUUCACAUAUAAAUGCAAUGUAUUUUCUCUGUGGUAUUGAGAUUAUGCAGUUUUUUCAACAAACUGUUUUUAAUAUUUUUUUGUUGUUCUACACCUUCAGUCUCAUGCAUGUUUUUUUAUGUAUAAGGCAAGAAUAUAAAAGUAAUGAAAGAGAAAAAUAGAUAUGAAAGAUGUUGACGAAAUUUUUGCACAUGUAGGCCCUUGUGGCAGCUGCAGACAUAACAAUGGGUUUGUAGCAAGGAGAGUAAACUGCAUUUCUUUUUAAAUGGAGCAGUGUUUAUAUGUUGAUGUUAACUUUAUGUUCAUAUGUACAUGGCUAAGUAUAAAAUGCUAUAUCCAUUAUACUUUACAGAAAAGUGGUUUGAUAUAUUAUAUUUCAACAUUUAUAAUGAUCAAUUAACCUGACAAGCAAUUUUUUGAUUGUUUGAUGAUAAAGUCUUGUUUAAAUUAUUAAGUCAAUAGGCUACAAUAUCAAAAUUUGGUGCACAAUUUUUUUAUAGGACUCCACAUAAUUUAUGAUCUAUCCCAGUACUGUUGCAGUAGUAUAUAUGGUGUGAUAUUAUUAGUCACUGUAGGAGAGGGUUCAGGAAGGAGAUGUAGGCUUUAGAGUAGCAGUGAUAUAUAUAUAUAUAUAUAUAUAUAUAUAUAUAUAUAUAUAUAUAUAUAUAUAUAUAUAUAUAUAUAUAUAUCCUGUAACAAAAGGCAUUAUUUGUAAAGAUUUUGAUAAGAUUCAGUUGGCAUUUGUUGGGUACACAGGUGUUAUAUAUUUUUGGAAUGCAUUGUUCUUGUUAUUAUU